AUGACGUCGCAAAAGCUCCCUAGCGAGGCGCCACUGGUAGCAGGCCGCCAAGAUUCCCAGAGUCCCGAACAAAGCGUCGCCCGCCGCGAAGCUCUUGCGCAUCUGUUUGACGACGACAAUACAAACGUCCAAGACCAAGACCAAACCGUACCCGUGCCCUCAGUCGAGCUCCGUACCGCUCUUCCUCUUCCCAACCUUUUCGAGAGUGUUCCGCUAGAACACAGGCAAGCGCCAGCUUCGAAGAGCAAGAGCAGGAAUAUCACACCCGCGGCAGAGCGAGCUCGUCCAGAUUCGGUUCCUAGGAGAAAUACCCGUGUCGAGCAGCCUACUCCUACUUCGCACGGCAGUCUCUCCAACGCACCCUCCAACGCGCCCUCCGUACAGCCCAACGAGCAGCCCGCGGCAACAUACGACAUGGCGAACGCAAAUAAUUUCAUCCCUACCAACCAGCACCGCAACAUGCGCGCUUGCAUGGUGUGCUCCAUCGUCAAGACAGAGCAGCAGUUCAGGAGCUUUGGCUGCCCCAAUUGCGACGGGUUCCUCCAGCUUCGCGGCAACUCGGAUGGAAUCGCGGACUGCACGAGCCAGGUCUUCGAGGGCCUCAUCACCGUCAGCGACACUAGCAAGAGCUGGGUCGCCCGAUGGCAGCGACUAGAGGGCUACGUUGCGGGCGUCUAUGCCGUCCAAGUGGAGGGUAUCCUGCCAGAAGAAUUCAUCGCCGCGGCGGAGGAGAACGGCGUGCACUACAUCCCGCGCGACGGCUCGGUGAAUGAGGCGCUGCCUACGGAUGCUUGA